AUGGCUGAGCUGGAUGAGAAGUCGCCAACUGCAACACAAUUUAGUGGAGCAGGGAACACCAGCCUGCCAAGUGGAACGAAAACGGUACCAAGUUUAACGGUAUUUUUUUCACGCCUGGAAGCGAAAGGCCCGGAAAACGGCGCGCCGCCAAAAGCAGAACCUGCAACAAUAACAGCAGUAGCAGCUGGUGGUAAUACUGCAUCGACAUCAGAGACGCCUGUACAAUUUUUCCCUGCACCUCGUCCAAGACCUCGGUUCCCGCCAGGCACUGUUGCAGGAUGGGGUGGUACGAUGCCGUCAAAUUUACCCACCAACCAGUAUCCUGUGCUGGUCCCACCACCACCACCAUCAUCCUCAUCGUUUGGGCUCAGAUGGGGUGGUACGAUGCCGUCAAAUUUACCCACCAACCAGUAUCCUGUGCUGAUCCCACCACCACCACCAUCAUCCUCAUCGUUUGGGCUCAAUUUCUUGCCCCUUCCUCCACCACCACCACCGCCUCCACCUCCUCCUCCUUUUUCAGAGCUAGUACCGAAGAAGAAGAUUGAUUAUUUCGGUCUUUUAGCUCCACCAGCACCACCACCACCGCCACCGCCAUCGUCGUAG